UUGUUGAUGCCAAUAUUGUCAUAGAUAUCCCCUUAAUCUGUCUAUGUAGCCAUAUCUAUAAUACAUUUUGUUAUUUCGUUGAAAUCACGAUUUGUUUUACCCCUACCACAAAUCCAUUUCGACUGCGUUUUGUCGUGUUUCACGCCAGCAAUCCUUUGACCUCAUUGUCAGGAAGGAGCGAAGCAGGCCUGGACAAACAGGAGUAAAUUCAUCAGAAUCGACGAAGUUCCGUCGAAGUACUGGAGAAACUUGAUCGAUUAUGUUAUUUUGAACAUUCUACUUUCAUUUUAGCUUGGUUUUGGUCGUUUUGAGUGAAUUUUGGCCACUCAAAACUUUCUUUGUUUUUCCCUCCAAAAUUCAAGAUGCCGCUAUUGCGACGACAGCCAUUUCACAGACAGAAACCCCCAUCCGAUUUAGAUGGAGACGAAGAGGUUUUCCACUGCAAACUCACGAGCGAGAUAUUCAGAGACUACGAGGAAUUCUUUGAGCGUAUUAUCCUUUGCAAUAGCCUGGUUUGGUCAUGUUCCAUUACCGGCCGUGCAGGUUUGACAUAUCAAGAGGCUGUAGAAUGCGAAGAGAAGGCACUGAAAAAUUUGGCUACCUUUCCUGGAUAUUUGCAGAAGCCGGUUUUAUUUCUCGCUAACCUUACUCAUCGAACUCGUUUGGCAGACAUGAAUGACGACAUCUUCGUCUUUGCUAAAGACCGGUUCUUCAUUGGCGAAGUUUGUGAAGUGAUGCUUGGUGGAGAAAGGAAAGGUUGCAAGAUCCUGCGUGUUAUUCCACCAAGUACUGGCAUAUCAGAUAUGAAUGGGUGUAUUGUUAUUGACUCUGAUGAAGAAGAUGAAAGGAAAAUGCCAUUACUUACUUUGAGUGCAACAAAAAGGAAGGGAGGACCCAUCCUGCCGGCGGAGCAAUACCGCUAUGUCGUCCAGGAGAGGGGUAAAAACAACAUCACCAUAACAGUACCAUCCAAACAAAUCAGUCGAAAAAAGGGCUUGUACACAAGAGAUAAGAGCAAGUUGUUCCUUAAGCAGUACUGUGAGCCUUACAUGGGCAUCUGGAGAGUCAAGAAUGACAUAGUAAUUAAGAAAGGACUAGAUAAGGCCAGUUUCCUGGACUUUUUCUCUGGUCCAGUCCCAGGGUUUGAGGCCACAGAGUCCAAGAGGAAAGGGCUGCCGGGAUCAAAGAAGGAUGAAGAGAUGGAGGAACAGGAGGUCUCUGGGAAAAAGAAAAGAAAGAAAGAAAAGGAGGAAAAACAAAAAAAAGAGAAAGCUGAAAAAUCUCCCAAACCAAAAGCUGAUCUUGAGCUAACUAUGGAACAAAAGGCAGCUAUCAAAGAACAAAUGAAAUUGCAAAGGAUGGCAGAAAAAAUGGCAGAAAAAGAAGAAAAACGGAAGAAGAUGAUGGAAGAAAAACAAAAGCUAAGAGAGGAGAAGCAGAAGGAGCGAGAGAAGAUGAUGGAGGAGCGCCGUGUCCAGCUGGAGUACCUGAGAGAGUGGAAUCGUAUACGUGACGACAUGGAAUGUGAUGACCUGAAGGUAUUGCCAGAGCCUCAGCCGGUAAUGACCAAGAUCCCAGUGGAAUCCUUUGGUGAUGCUGUAAUGGUCAUUGAGUUCAUCAAUGGAUUCAAAGCUCUGUUUGAUUUGAAAGAGUAUUUUCCCAAAGGAUUUACAUUUGAGGUACUAGAGAGAGCCUUGAUGGAGACUGACCACAAUGGCACGUUGACAGACAUCCUGCUCAUGAUGAUUACGGCUGUGUUCAACCUUCAGGAGGAGGAGGAAGAAGAGGAAGAGGCUCUUUCCAAAAAGGACAAAGGGGACAACCAAUUGGUGGACAUAAUUGAUGAUACGGAUGCCUCCACUUACCAGCUAAUAGAAUCAGCAAGUAGUUACUCCCAGAUUCCUCAGCUUAACCAUGGCUCCUUGCUGAAGAAGCUGCCACUGGAUUCCUUCACUCUAUCAGAGAUCCUCCGUCUUCACCUGUUGUCAGCAGGAGCUAGGGGCAAGGAGAAGAACAUCAAGUACAGAUAUCAACAGAGGGGUGGCUACACUUCUCAGGAUGAUCCUGGCUUGGAUUUCAGGCGCCAGGAACAGGCUGUUCUCAAAAACCUCUCCAGCUUGUGUGUCUUUGACCUUGAACCAGUUGACAAGUUGAAGAUACUACGUGUACUGAUCCAACAGAUUCUGACAUAUGCAGCAACACGCGACACUAUUGAAGAUAAUUAUGAGAGAUUACGCCAGUUGAAAUCUGACCUGAAACAGAUGCAGUGGAGUGAACAUCGUCGUGAGCGUGAGGAAGCUGCUAUCCGAUACAAGCGUCGCCAAGAAGAGCGGAUGAUGGAACGAGAGAAACUGGAACAAAAACGUUUGAAAAAAAUCCAACUGUAUGAGGAAAGAUUACGAUUGCAAGAAAGUGGCCUACCCGUACCACCCUUACCUGAGGAAGAAGAGGAGGAUGAGUCUGAAGUGAUUCGUUCAGAGCAGGAGAAGGAGGAAGAACGUCUACAGGAGGAAGAGGAAGAGGCUGACAAAAAAGCAGAGUUUGGGUUACAGGAGAAGGAGAUGAUUGACUCAAUUUCUCGCCUUCAGCAUGCUAGUCAGACCUAUCCCCUUGGGCGUGACAGAAUGUAUCGACGAUACUGGGUUUUUCAGUCACUACCAGGGCUCUUCAUUGAAGAUUGUGAAAUGCAUGUUAAGGAUGAAUACUUAAAACCAGUUCCACAAAAUCCCAAUUCCAAUCCUUUUACUAACAGCACUGUGUUUGGACAACAGCUCCCCACUAUAGAUAUUCAGGCACCUCCCAAAAAGAAAUUACCAGAAGAGAACGGAAGUGACAAGGAAAAUGAUAGCAUGAACACUUCCUCAGUAAAUAACAGUAUGAAUUUGUCAACAGCAGACAAUAGUAUGAAUGUGUCUACUGUCAGUAACAAUACUCCAGGAAACAAUGAACUCAUCAGUGACAGUCGGGCAGAAACACCGUUAACAAAUGGUGGAAGUAGUGAGGGGGCCAAGGACGAGGUGUUAACGAUUAGUGAUGAUGACUCACAGCAGGGCAAAGCAGAGGGAAUGGAAACUGAUCAGGGACCACCGAUACUCGACAGUCUGGCAAUCAAGCAAAUACUGGAGGGUCCAAAGCAUAUGUGGACCUAUAUAUCCACGACAGAGCAGUUUGAUCAGCUGACGAGUGCUCUUAACUCUCGUGGUUAUAGGGAAUCUGCUUUAAAGCAGAGUUUGAUGGAUCAAAAAACCAGAAUAUCAGAACUGAUUGAGAAAUGUCCUACAAAAUCUCUGUGCACUGCACCAGCUGUUCCUGAGAGUUUAAUGGAGGAACAAGAGCGGAGUGUGUCACCUGCCAUAGAAGGCACUUCAAGAAAAGUUCCUGUUAAGAAAGUGGCAAAGGGCUUGAUAAAGGGAGAUCUAGCACAGGAAGUGUUAGAAAUCAACCUUAGGGAGCUGUUGCUGGAUCUAGAGGAGAGAGUGUUUGUAGGAAGCCUGGGAUCUCUCAAGGUUAAAGACCGGUUUGUGUGGAGGGAUGCUAUAGAACAUGGAAGCUACGACCCCCAAUCAAAUGAUCCUGUUUUCAUUAAAUUUGAUGACAAGAUUGAAGAAAAGGAGAAAGAUGAUGACUCUUCGUCUGUAAGUUCUGAGGGCUCUAUUGAGUCCACUGUCAAAGACCUGGCAAAGGCAUUGUUACAGAUAGAGAAAGCUGUUGAACCCAAGUACAUGACUCCACCUCUAGGUGAGAAUGCUGAAAAACAAAAACUAAAGCAGCAAAAGAAGAAAAAGAAGGAAGAAGAAGAGGAGAGUGAUGGUUUAGGAGAGGAGGAGGAAAAUGUGAAGACCCAGGGACGAUACCUGUUGGAGCGAUGGGAGGAUUCCUUGCUGUACUCCACCAGUCUCUCUCAAAUCUUUCUUCACAUGGCUACCCUAGAGAAGAGCAUAGCCUGGUCCAAGUCUGCACUCCAUGCCCGUUGUCGAAUUUGUCGUAGGAAGGGUGAUGCAGAACAGAUGUUACUUUGUGAUAUGUGUGACAGAGGUCACCACAUGUACUGUCUAAAACCUAGACUCAAGAAUGUACCCUCCGGAGACUGGUAUUGUCCCGACUGUAAACCAAAAGAAACUAAGAGGAGCCCUCUGAAGAGCAGAAGACGCACAUUCAGUGAGCAGUCAGAAGAGGAGAAGGAGGAAGAGGAAGAAGCAGACAGUGAUGAGGAGGAAGAGGAAGCAGAAGAAGAAGUGGAUGAGGAAGAUGAGGAGGAAGAGGAAGAAAGCAAUGAUAACUUGUGUGCCGUGUGUAGCAAGGCAGGCAUGCUCAUCUGCUGUGACACGUGUCCCCUGUCCUACCAUCUGGCCUGUGCCAAGCCUACUCUCAAGAAGGUUCCAAAGGGCAAGUGGCUGUGUCAGAAAUGCUCUGGUGUCGAGAAACAGGGCAAGAUCAAACUACCAGGCAAAGGUGGAAAGAAAGCAUCAAAAGCAACCCCUACCUCAAGUAAGGCAUCUUCAAAGAAGGGAAGUCCUCGUGACAGCCCAGUCACGGUGAAAAACUCACGUAAAAGGAGUCGUCCUGCCUCACCUAUGGAUGAGGUUAAACCUAAGCUAAAGAAGGCUGCCAAGUCCAUGUCAAAACUGGCUCAGGAUGUGAAUGGAGAUGCCGAUAUUAAGCAAGUUGCUACUACAAGUUCACGAGGCAAUUCCAAAGUACAGCAUAUGAAGAUUUGUGAAGACCUUAUCCAUGAGCUGGUUAAACACGAGGAGAGUACUCCAUUCUUGAAACCUGUCAGCAAAAAACUGGUUCCUGAUUAUCAUGACAUUAUUGCAUGUCCAAUGGACUUCUCAACCGUUCGUAACAAGAUUAAUAGUUUUAUAUACACUGAUGCACUAAGUAUAGUGCAGGAUGUACGACUCAUCUUCUCCAACUGUGCUCAGUACAACAAAAAACAGACUCCCGAGUACAAAGCUGGAGGCAUUCUUUCCAAGCUGUUCGAGAAACGACUCCGAGAAAAUCAUAUAAGUGUUGAUGACUCUGCUCCACCCAGCAAGAAACAACGCCGCACUUUAUAGUGUUGAGCAUAGGGUUUAGAUUUUGUGUAUAUUUGGGAAAUGGUGAUCAUUGAUGGGAUGCAUCUUAUUUGUAUCCGUUGCCCAAGAAGUUGAGAGUUCAUUAUUAUAUCAGUGGCAACGUUUUACAAAUCGAGUAUAAUUGUACUAAGUUUGGAUUUACUAAGUCUUGUGCAUGUGAGAAAUUCGUUUUCAAGUGUUAAUGGAAGAAAAUAGUUGUUCUGAGUGUGCUUAUAAAUAUUUCUGACUGGUAGUUUGUUUAAAUGUUAACUUAAUUAGUCGGUUGCUGAUCUUUUAUAACAAAAAUUUAAUGGACACAAGAGGUAGCUCUUUUGACUGAUUUAAAGUCGUUACAGCAGAUGUUGAAUUGAGUAAUCAUGAUCUAGGUUUGAUAAGAUGGAGUAUGUUACUGCUAGGAAUGUGUGGACAAAGAUUACUGGUAGAUUUACCUGUUGUCUUAAAUACCUGGUUUUUUUUGGUUUUUUUUAAGUGCUCAAAGUUUGGAAUUCCAUUCAAGGGUUCAACUGUAAGACUAAGCAUAUGCAUGUGAGAAACUGUUAAAACUAACUUCAAGAAGUGAGAAGGAUUUAUUCCGGAGAAACCCAUAGGUCUAUAUGUACAUUAAAUACCUCCAAGUUCAACACUCUUGUCACUUAGUAAUGGAUUCAGACAAAGGCCGAAGUGAUACUAUAUUUGAUUACCAUACACUGUAUUUUUGUUUUGAUGGUGAGUAUGUGCCUUUUUACUUUAAGAAAGAAAAUACUAAUACAAACAAGGGGGAAAAAACUUGAGUUGAUUGAGUGAGCUUAUGUCAGGGAAAUGUGUUCAUCAUCAUCUCUUUGAUGAUAUUAAGGCUUGUCCAAAUAAAUUACCUAAGUUUGACAUCGUUUGUUAAUAUAGAAACAAGUGAGUGAUCCAGGCCCAGUAGUUAUUAGAAUACAAGGCUGCCUUAUCUUCUCAUACAGUUUAAUUUUAAAAGAUUUUUUUGGAUUUAUGUUGUUCACAAUAUUUGCCAUCCUAGAAAAUAUAUUAAUUUGCAUGUAAUUGUUUAACAUAUCUGUCCUUUACUGAUUUCCAUACAGUGAUCCAGAGUGGUUCUCUGCAACAACAUCAGCUUGUUUUGAUCUCAAAAAUUUAUAUAUACGUUCUAUAUUUAUUGACCUUGAACUUGUAUGAACAAGCACUUGUAUAUGACUCCACUUUAGGAUGAAACAGCUUUAUGAUGCAGUGUCAUUCAUUUUUGGCAUUAAGUAUCUGUUACCAAAUUUUAAAGGCAUUCGUCUGUACUGCCAGUGUAGUACUGCAUUGAUUAUGACCAAACAAUCUGUCAAGGCUCUAGUAUUGUUUUAAUCUCAACAAUUUGUAUACAUGCUAUAUUUAUUGACCUUGUACAACUAAGGGACAUGUUACUGACUCUACUUAAUAGCAUCCAAGAAGUUCUUGUUCCAUAUACUGCCAAUACCAUGUUGACUGUUCAUAAUAAGACAAAGUGUCCCAUCUAUAGUGUGACAUCAAUGUAUUACUCUGUAAAUCACUAUUCACAUGUACACUAAUGCUAGAUAGUGCAUCAAGUGACUUUUUGCAAGGUUUUUAAUAUAUGAAGGGAACAAUUCAGUACAGGAAAUCUCUGGUUUAGAUAUGACACAAUGACAUGGUUUAGAUGUGACAUUAUGAUGAAAAUAAGCUAUUAGAAUUUGUGAUGUACCAUCUUCACUAAUUUACUUGAAAACUUAUGCAGUAUUACACUAAAUAGAUUUCAAUGAACUAACAAGGAAUUAAAAAGCAAAUUUUUAUGAAAUUAGUAAUCAUGAUAAGUUAUAUGUUUCUUAAUCUGUUAAUCUAGGAAAAGUGUUAUAAUUUCAAGGGAAUUCUUUUACCAGGAGUGGUAAUACUGGUUCUGUUAAUAAUACUGGGGCUCUUUAGCUUGUGCUAAGUGUAUUAAACUAUGAUGCAUGUUCACUUAGCUCUCAAAUCAUUGUUUAUAUGGAUGGCAGUACCUACGGAACCCUGCCAGCUGAUGUUGCGUUGGACCAAAGUCCUGUGUGUUGAUGUGGUUACACAAGUCGACUGUUACAAUAUUUAUGAACAUGUCUUACCGGUAUUUCUAUAUCUAGAUUACUGUCUGUGUUAUCAAUUGCUGUACUAUUAAAUUAUUGACAACAA